GCGUCCCCCGCGCGCCGCGCUGCGGGCGGGGCGGGUCUCCGGGAUUCCAAGGGCUCGGUUACGGAAGAAGCGCAGAGCCGGCUGGGGAGGGGGCUGGAUGCGCGCGCACCCGGGGGGAGGCCGCUGCUGCCCGGAGCAGGAGGAGGGGGAGAGCGCGGCGGGCGGCAGCGGCGCUGGCGGCGACUCCGCCAUAGAGCAGGGGGGCCAGGGCAGCGCGCUCGCUCCGUCCCCGGUGAGCGGCGUGCGCAGGGAAGGCGCUCGGGGCGGCGGCCGUGGCCGGGGGCGGUGGAAGCAGGCGGCCCGGGGCGGCGGCGUCUGUGGCCGUGGCCGUGGCCGUGGCCGGGGUCGGGGCCGUGGCCGGGGCCGGGGCCGGGGCCGCGGCCGUCCCCAGAGUGGCGGCAGCGGCCUUGGCGGCGACGGCGGCACGGGCGGCUGCGGCGUCGGCAGCGGUGGCGGCGUCGCCCCCCGGCGGGAGCCUGUCCCUUUCCCGUCGGGGAGCGCCGGGCCGGGGCCCAGGGGACCCCGGGCCACGGAAAGCGGGAAGAGGAUGGACUGCCCGGCCCUCCCCCCCGGAUGGAAGAAGGAGGAAGUGAUCCGAAAAUCAGGGCUCAGUGCUGGCAAGAGCGAUGUCUACUACUUCAGUCCAAGUGGAAAGAAGUUCAGAAGUAAACCUCAGCUGGCAAGGUACCUGGGAAAUGCCGUUGACCUCAGCAGUUUUGACUUCAGAACUGGCAAGAUGAUGCCUAGUAAAUUACAGAAGAACAAACAGAGACUGCGGAAUGAUCCUCUCAAUCAGAACAAGGGUAAACCAGACUUAAACACGACAUUGCCAAUUAGACAAACUGCAUCAAUUUUCAAGCAACCAGUCACCAAAGUCACAAACCACCCCAACAAUAAAGUGAAGUCAGACCCACAACGGAUGAACGAACAACCACGUCAGCUUUUCUGGGAGAAGAGGCUGCAAGGACUUAGUGCAUCGGAUGUAACAGAACAAAUUAUAAAAACCAUGGAGCUACCCAAAGGCCUUCAAGGAGUCGGCCCGGGUAGUAACGAUGAGACCCUUCUGUCUGCCGUGGCCAGUGCCCUGCACACAAGCUCUGCACCAAUCACAGGGCAAGUCUCUGCGGCCGUGGAAAAGAACCCUGCUGUCUGGCUUAACACAUCUCAACCCCUCUGCAAAGCUUUCAUUGUCACAGAUGAAGACAUUAGGAAACAGGAAGAGCGAGUCCAACAAGUACGCAAGAAAUUGGAAGAAGCACUGAUGGCGGACAUCCUGUCCCGGGCUGCUGACACGGAGGAGAUAAACAUUGAUAUGGACAGUGGAGAUGACGCUUAAGAUAUGAUCAGGUAA